AUGGCAGGGCAGGGCAUUCACAAUCUUCCCCACCCCACUCACCUCCUCCCACCUCCCACCCCACUCACCUCCUCCCACCCCACUCACCUCCUCCCACCCCACUCACCUCCUCCCACCCCACUCACCUCCUCCCACCCCACUCACCUCCUCCCACCCCACUCACCUCCUCCCAACCCACUCACCUCCUCCCAUUCCACUCAUCUCCUCCCACCCCACUCACCUCCCCCCACCCCAAUCAUCUCCUCCCACCCCACUCAUCUCCUCCCACCCCACUCACCUCCUCCCACCCCACUCAACUCCUUCCACCCCACUCACCUCCUCCCACCCCAAUCAUCUCCUCCCACCCCACUCAUCUCCUCCCACCCCACUCAUCUCCUCCCACCCCACUCAUCUCCUCCCACCCCACUCACCUCCUCCCACCCCAAUCAUCUCCUCCCACCCCACUCAUCUCCUCCCACCCCACUCAUCUCCUCCCACCCCACUCAUCUCCUCCCACCCCACUCAUCUCCUCCCACCCCACUCAUCUCCUCCCACCCCACUCAUCUCCUCCCACCCCACUCAUCUCCUCCCACCCCACUCAUCUCCUCCCACCCCACUCAUCUCCUCCCACCCCACUCACCUCCUCCCACCCCACUCACCUCCUCCAGUAGUGCCCCGUCCAUUCUUCCUACCCUCUCCAACCGUCAGCUGCUCAUUCUUUCAACGCUGUCGUGCUAUGCCCAUCACCUCACCUCAUCUCAAAUGCUUUCAUCCGUCCAGUGUAUGAACCAACUUUCCCCCUCCACCUCAGGUCCUCCUCCUCUGCCCGCCAUCACCCUCUCGUCUGCUCCCACACCAUACCAGCCAAGCAGCAACACUGUUGUCAUCGCAUCUCCAGGCAGAAUCCUUCCCUCUCUUCCACAUCACCUACACUGA